GUGCCCGAUAUGUCUGAUCCUCAACCCACACCAUCCCAGCCUUUAAACGGGUCACAGGAUCAACCUGUUCCUACAUCCACAGCUUCAGUAUCAGCCGACUCAGCCAUCAAACCCGAUCCUGAUAUCGACGCAUCCAUCGAACAAGAUAUCGAUAUGAACACAGACCAGAACGCGGCUGGCGCCAAUGAAGAAGAGAAUGAAACGGGCCUUGACCCCAUGGCCGCGGCACCACAACCAACUAAGAAGGAGACCAGCUUGCGCGAAUUUCUAGGGAAGAUGGAUGAAUAUGCGCCCAUUAUCCCCGAUGCGGUCACAGCUCACUACCUUACUCUUGCCGGUCUCCCUCCCCCGGGUACAGGCCCUAACCAAACACCCCCACACCUCGCUCGACUCCUCGCCCUGGCAACUCAGAAAUUUGUCUCCGAUAUUGCCGCAGACUCAUAUCAAUUUGCUCGUAUUCGCGCCUCAAACAGCUCCUCUGCCAAUAACCCCAUGGGCAGUCUGAACGCGGCAUCUGGUCUCGGCGCUCCUGCUGGCAUGGGCGCUGUGCCUGGUGGUGCGGCUGGCGGCGAUAGCAAGGGUGGCAAGGGCAACACACAUCUCGGUAUCCAGCGUCCUGGAUUUGGCGGAGGUGGUUCUGGAGGCUCAGGGCAGGGACGAACGGUCUUGACCAUGGAGGAUCUGGGAAUGGCUGUUUCUGAAUACGGAGUUACAGUGAAACGCGGGGAGUUCUACCGAUGA